GCUCAGCUGCCCGAGAGCGUUCGCGGACAAGUCAGGGGAAUACUUGAAUUUCUGGAUGUGCGAAGGAUUAACCUAAAUCACACAAUCUUGACCCAUGUGAGAAAUUGAUAACAGAACGUGUUGUGAGAUGGUCAGUCACAUUUUCAAAAUAGUUUUCUCAUCGAGAUAAACGUUUGCGAAAUAUUUUCGUGGCUCUAUUCACCGAAUUUGUCCGCGAUCGCUCUGUGGGAUUGUCUGCAGAUGUUUUCUGUGGGGUCACGAAGAGCCCAGAGAGUGAAUAAUAUUGUGUGCGACGCAGUUUACGCAUUCAUAAUUGAGUGAGCUUUUUCCACUGUUUUUCCUGUCGUGGGUGAACGCACAGAAGAAGGACCGCCCAGAGAGAGAAUCCUCCUGAAUUGGGACACUGAGCUUCACACCGUGUGCGCCACCCUGUUGAUGUUUGUGCGGCGGAGUCUCGAGUUGGGCGCUGAAAUUUGACCAUUUGUGCGACACAGGGAAGUGUGUAAAUCAUGAGCAGUCAACCGAGUCCGGCACCGAAUUCAGCUGAAACUGAGAAGGUCUUUCACUGGAUCAAUGAGCUGUCGAAUCCGGAGACGCGCGAGAAUGCGCUGCUGGAGUUGAGCAAGAAGCGCGAAAGUGUGCCAGACCUGGCGCCGAUGCUGUGGCAUAGCUUCGGCACCACCGCCGCCCUCCUGCAGGAGAUCAUCAACAUCUACCCCUCCAUCCACCCGGCCACCCUCACUGCCCACCAGUCCAAUCGCGUGUGCAACGCCCUGGCGCUCCUGCAGUGCGUCGCGUCGCACCCAGAGACCAGAUCUGUGUUCCUGCAAGCCAACAUACCACUGUUCCUCUAUCCUUUCUUGCACACCACCUCCAAGACCAGACCGUUCGAGUACUUGCGGCUCACGAGCCUUGGCGUGAUUGGUGCACUAGUGAAGACUGAUGAACAGGAGGUUAUCACAUUUUUGCUCAGCACUGAAAUCAUUCCGUUGUGUCUGCGAAUAAUGGAAUCGGGUUCUGAGUUGAGCAAAACCGUGGCAACGUUUAUAUUGCAGAAAAUCCUUCUGGAUGACAGUGGUUUGUCCUAUAUAUGUCAGACAUAUGAUAGAUUCUCUCACGUAGCAAUAAUUCUCGGCAAGAUGGUGAUAUCGCUGGCGAAGGAGCCCUCAGCCAGGCUCCUGAAGCACGUUGUCAGAUGCUAUCUGAGGCUCACGGACAAUCCAAGAGCUUGCGAAGCUCUGAGGCAAUGUCUUCCGGAUCAAUUGCGCGAUGCCACAUUUGCGGAAUGCCUUCGCGAGGACAAAUCCACGAAACAUUGGCUGUCAAUACUACUGAAGAAUCUCGAACCGGGCGCCGUGGCUCCGCCGGAUCCGCGACAAAUGGGCAUUUCUCCACUCAGCUCGUAAAGGCCGAGAGGGAAGAAGAAAAAGGUUGACGACUUUGGCAGAGAGGAUAAACCCCUGCGCUUACAUAACACCGAAAACACGCUUGUCGAAAAUAAGGAUUUCUCUGUAUACAUUAUAUAUUUUUGUACGUUUUUGUCUAUCCAUUGAUUGAUGAGGGGGGAAACAGGGCGGCAUGACGCUGCGCGACCAUCGAAUGCUAGGAAGUUUGAUAUUGCAAAAUUCACUGAUAAUAAGAAAAAAAAACAAUACAAGUGAGUGAAAAGAGAAAGGAGGAAAGGGGAAAUUAGACACUAAACACAGUGAUUGAGAUUAUAAGUUCGGUUUCCUUUCGAUGUUGUAUUGUAGAGAUAACAAAAGAUAAAAAAAAAUAUGCUCAAAGUGUCUUUGAGAGAGAAAGAAAGAAGUAGAAUUUCGAUAGCAAGUCCAAAACGAGUAAAUUAUUGGCUAGUCACGGAGCGUGUAUGAAAUUUUGACAAUGGAAAUGCGCCUAUCGAUAUUUUACGUAUUUGCCAAUGAUAAUUGUGUGUUCACCCUCCUUUUGUCUUGAUUCCUUUUUUUUCCACCCCAUUUUCACACAAGCAGGCAUUAUUAGAAUUUCCAUUGAGUGUUUUCCAGAACUGUGGAGGGAAUUAAUGAGAAAAAAAAACAUGCACUUAUGUGAGACUGCAUAAAUUGAUAAAAUGUACCUAAAAAAGAAGAAGGAGAGAAAAAAAGUGAAGAAAACUUCAGAGCCACAAAAUUAUCUUUACAAAAUGAAAGUCGCAUAAGGUUUAACAAAAAAAAAAAUUGUAUGAAAAUUAGGCAAACAAUUGGGCAAAUUAGGAAUAUUGAGACGAUAAAGAAAAAAAAAGAUUGUUUAAUUUAAAUAAGAAAACAUACCAUAAUGUAAGAAGAUAUUAAAAGUCCAUUUCAUAUUGGAAAUUGAGGAAUUUAAUACAAAUUAUACUACUUAAAUAAUGAUACAUGUUUUAUUAUUUUUAUAUCUGAUGAAGAGGAAAAGCAAACUACACAAAAAAAAACAUCAUGAAAUUAUGAGAUAAAUAAAACAUAUUGAAGAGUAUACUUAAGUGAGAUUGCAACAAUUUGUAGAUUUGUAGGAAUUACCGAUAAAAAAGAAAGAAAAUCUUUUGACUAAUUCUAGUUGUCUUGAUAAAAAGUGCUUCUAUGAAAGAAAAUAUCUCUUUUUCCUUUAUGUUUGUUAUAAAUUGUAUAGAGAUGAGAGCAUUUCCAGUAUUCCUCAGCGCGUUCUCGCCCAUCAGCAUUUCCGUGGGUGGAUUUAAGGAUGUAAAAAUCGGGAAUUACUGCAAAUUUAGUGAUCAAUAGGAAGAGUGAGAAGAAAGAAUAUCCUUGUGAAUUUAUAGAUAAUUUAGGAAAGAUAUAAACAGUGGUUAAAUCAAAACAAUUUGUAGAUGAUUGUAGCUCAAUAGCAUUGAAACUACUCCAGAAUAUAUAUUUCUUUAUAUUCGAUGGCCAGAGUUCUGUUCACAACUUUGUGCAACAGCAUUUUUUUGCAUAUACUCUGAUGGCUUAAAGAUGUGAAACAACUGACGUUUAUUUUCUCUUGUGUAGUGCUUUGUAUGUUGAUUUCUUUGCCAUUUGUUCUUGUUUUCUAUACACACACGCUGAAGAAGAUGAUGAAAAAAAUCUGCUGUGCAUUAAAAAUUCCCUUUUUUUGCUCGACCUCCUCCAAUUUAUUAAAUUACCAACAAUGAUUACAUACUAAUGAUAAAGUGUAAGGAGAAAAUAAGGUAGAAAAAAAGAGAAAGAAGAGUAUAUUUAGUGCAGUGAGAAAUGUAAAAUUAAUAUAUGGAUAUAAAAAUGCAGAUUAAACAUGAUAAUAAAUCUGAAUGAUGUUCUUGCAAAUUGA